GAAAUCAGAGGUAUCACACUCACACACACCCUUGGAGUCUCCCAAGGUGUCUGGCCUGAACCCUGAGCGGGGCCAGCGGGAGGCCUGGGGCGAGGGGGGAAGGGCGCGAGCAGCGGGUUGGGCGACAAGGUGGAAGGGCAGAGCCGGAAGAGGGAUCGGAGUUGGCAGGCCGGCCGCGCCAGAGGCAGGUGCCAGCGGAGAGUGGGCGGAGGUGCGGGCGCCCGGCCGGGCGGGGGAGGCCCGGCGUCACCCCUGCCUCUAGGAGUCGGGCGCGCACGCCAGCUCGCCUCGAGGAGCCGGGGGCACGGGCGUCCCCGCCGCCCGCAGGAGGAGCCGCGGGAACAGUCGCCGCAGCCGCGGAGCCACAGCAUCCUCCAAAGAGACGCCCCAGGCUCCGCAGCAGCUCUGCUCCUCCAGGAGGCGAGCGCCGCCGCCCGCUCCCGGCGCUCCGGCCGCCUGUCCCCUCGCCCUGCCGCCCGCGGGGUGCAGCCGGCAUCCGCGCCCGCGAUCCUCCACCUGCCGCGGGCUCCGGGGCAAUCCACCGCUGGGGAGAGAAGGUGCGAGAAACAGCGGCCGGGGAGACACCGUCCCCGGGUGGCCACUCCGCGCGGAAAAGGGACGCCCGCGCGCUCUGCGCGGGGUCCCCAAGUUCAAGGGCGACACCCCUCUCCGGGAGGCUCCCCCGCCCGGGGAAACCGCGGCCGGCCCGCGGGACCCCAGCGCCUCCCGGGUCCUCGGAGACUCCCGCGCGCCCCGGCGGGGCCAUGCCCGGACUGCGCCGGGACCGCCUGCUGACCCUGCUGCUGCUGGGCGCGCUGCUCUCCGCCGACCUCUACUUCCACCUCUGGCCCCAGGUGCAGCGCCAGCUGCGGCCCAGGGAGCGCCCGCCCGGCUGCCCGUGCGCCGGCCGCGCCGCCUCCCCGGCCCCGGCCCCCGCCGCGGCCCCCUCGGCCCCCCGCCCCGCGGCGCACAACUUUUCCCGGGCCCGGCCCCGGACUGAGCAGGACCGCGGCGGCCGCAGCGUCCCCCGCUCCAAGCUGCGGGCCCUCUUCGCCCACCCGCUGUACAACGUGCCCGAGGAGCCGCCGCUCCUCGGCCCCGAGGACUCGCUCCUGGCCAGCCAGGAGGCGCUGCGGUAUUACCGGAGGAAGGUGGCCCGCUGGAACAGACGACACAAGAUAUAUAAAGAGCAGCUGAACCUCACUUCCCUGGACCCCCCAGUGCAGUUCCGACUGGAGGCCAGCUGGGUCCAGUUCCACCUGGGAAUCAACCGCCAUGGACUCUACUCCCGGUCCAGUCCCGUCGUCAGCAAACUUCUCCACGACAUGAGGCACUUUCCCACCAUCAGUGCUGAUUACAGUCAGGACGAGAAAGCCUUGCUUGGAGCCUGUGACUGCACCCAGAUCGUGAAACCCAGUGGGGUCCACCUCAAACUGGUCCUGAGGUUCUCGGACUUCGGGAAGGCCAUGUUCAAACCCAUGAGACAGCAGCGGGAUGAAGAGACACCCGAGGACUUCUUCUAUUUCAUCGACUUUCAGAGACACAACGCUGAGAUUGCAGCUUUCCACCUGGACAGGAUUCUGGACUUCCGACGGGUGCCACCAACAGUGGGGAGACUAGUUAAUGUCACCAAGGAAAUCCUAGAGGUCACCAAGAAUGAAAUCCUGCAGAGUGUCUUCUUUGUCUCUCCAGCCAGCAAUGUCUGCUUCUUUGCCAAGUGCCCGUACAUGUGCAAGACGGAGUACGCGGUCUGCGGCAACCCGCACCUGCUGGAGGGCUCCCUCUCCGCCUUCCUGCCGUCUCUCAACCUGGCCCCCCGGCUGUCUGUGCCCAACCCCUGGAUCCGCUCCUACUCGCUGGCAGGAAAAGAGGAGUGGGAGGUCAAUCCGCUUUACUGCGACACAGUGAAGCAGGUCUACCCGCACAACAGCAGCAACCGGCUCCUCAACAUCAUCGACAUGGCCAUCUUCGACUUCCUGACAGGCAACAUGGACCGGCACCACUACGAGAUGUUCACCAAAUUUGGGGAUGAUGGGUUCCUUAUUCACCUCGACAACGCCAGAGGGUUCGGGCGACACUCCCAGGACGAAAUCUCCAUCCUCUCACCGCUCUCCCAGUGCUGCCGCAUAAAAAGGAAGACACUUCUGCACCUGCAGCUGCUGGCCCAGGCCGACUACAGACUCAGCGACGUGAUGCGGGAGUCGCUGCUGGAGGACCAGCUCACCCCCGUGCUCACAGAGCCCCACCUCCUGGCCCUGGAUCGCAGGCUCCAGACCAUCCUCAGGACAGUGGAGCGGUGCGUAGAGGCCCACGGAGAGCAGAGCGUCGUAGCCGGCGGCCCCGAGGAACAGCCAGCCCCGGACUCUGGCCGGGCCAACUUGGCAAGCUAGGGGCUGGACGAGUCGGACUUCAGACACUACACCUGGAGCCCGCGGGGGACUCUUGAGGGUGGGCCACUGCUUCCUCAUGGCCCCCAUGCAGGCUGGGGGUCCUAGGGCAGGAGCUCAUGAAGCAGACAGGGCACUGGGAUGAUUCUAAAAGAACAAAAGUGGGAUCCACUGGACUUUCCUCCUCGGUGCACUGCCUUGGCUUCCUCUUUCCCAGGAAGCUCUGCCUCAUCGAGGCCACGGACCACCGGCAGAGCCCACUGGGAAAUCUGGAUACGGGUCCAGCCAGGCAGCCUAGUUCCCAGGAGAGAACAUUAACUGUAACAAAUAAAACUAAAGGACAUCAGAUGGACACCUCCAGAUCUUUAUUCCAUUUACAAGAACAAAUUCCCAUCCAGAUAAAACAUCUGGCAUCAACACACACACACACACACACACCCACUCCUAACUGGUAACUUCUAAACUGGUUCAAAGUAGACUUCACACUUUCUAUUCAUAUUCCAAUCAUGGUGCCCCAAUCUGAAUACAAUAAUCCCGACUGACUAGCCAGUCUUAAAGUGAUUUCUCAGAAACAUUACGAGAGAUAAAAAUAACAUAGGGAUUUGCUCAGAAAAUCAAAAAAGGGAUGUUUCAGUCUGAAGAGUAAACAUCAACUGAAAGAACAUCAAGUACGUCAGAAUUAGCAUCCAGGAAAAACAAGGGUGGUCUUGAAGGGGGGGCUGCCUAAGAAUGGGUCCAGCGGGUGCACUAAGCCUGGACCAAGGCAGGAGAAAAGCCAGGGCUGACCACAGCCCACCAACCACAAUCCCCUUUCCCAUAAGACCCAGGAAUUGUCCCCCACUUGUCCCCAAGAGAAGCAGGGGCUAUCUGGAGAAGUCUGACAUGCUAGCUGCCCCUCACCUCAGCUGCUGAUUCAAAAAGGACUAAAUCAAGUUUAUUCCACAAGACUCCCUAGAAAGCGGGUCUCUCAGGGAUUUCCUGUCUUAAUGGCCUGCUCCCUGCUGACCUGCUAAUGUGUGAACAGGAGGCUUUGUUUCUCAUUCCAUAAUCCAUGUUUGUCUGAAAACACACAUAAUAGGAAGGCAUUCACAUUAAUCAACAAGUAAAAAUGGCUAAUUUCACCAGAUCGAUGUUUUUAAUAAAGGCCAGAGGCUCAAAUACUAGUAUAAGUGGGGUUGGAAGAAGCUGUCACUAAUGUGGUUAUCAGGUCAAGAACUAGAGAGGUCACCCAAGACGUCUGCAACGUGCCCAGAGAGAGCCCAAAGGGACAUAUUAUAAAAAUACUUCUGACCCCCUCCCAUCAGUCCAUUGCCCGGAACCUGUGUCUAUGAGGGUAACAUCGCUACCACUCAUGGAGCUCUUACACAUGUGAAAAUCCACACACAGGUGUCUGGUCCUCCCGGGCAUACAGACACAAUCUCCUACCUCCAAUGUACCUCCAAGAAAACUAAGGCUAAAAUCACACCCACUUAAUGAUUCCAAACUAUUCCGAGGCAUUUUUUCCCCUGUAACACAAAAACCCAACACUACCUCUCUUAACCUUUUAUGAAGUUGUAUUUGUUUGCUUUAAAAAAAAAAAAAAAAAAAAGGAGUUCCUGUUGUGGCGCAGUGGUUAACGAAUCCGACUAGGAACCAUGAGGUUGUGGGUUCGGUCCCUGCCCUUGCUCAGUGGGUUCACGAUCCGGCGUUGCCGUGAGCUGUGGUGUAGGUUGCAGAUGCGGCUCGGAUCCCGCGUUGCUGUGGCUCUGGCGUAGGCCGGUGGCUACAGCUCCGAUUCGACCCCUAGCCUGGGAACCUCCAUAUGCCGAGGGAGCAGCCCAAGAAAUAGCGACAACAACAACAAAGACAAAAAGACCAAAAAAAAAAAAAAACUUAGAAGAAACUUAAUCUCAGAGACUUGCAUUACUGCAUUACUGAGGUGUCCUCCCUGCAGCUCAGGGUUUCCCGCUUCAUAAACUGUUUCCCCCCUUCAAGCCAAUAUUUAUUUCCCUUUGGAGGGAGGACCAGGUAAUUACACAGAGAGAAACAAGAAAGAUGUCGGCAGAGGUGUUCAAAGAACAGCACAAAAUGGUGUGAAAUUCCAAACUGCAGAGCCUCUGGAAGGUAAGUCCAGCUCCAUCUCAAACCCAGCCUCUUGUGUGACAACACAGUCUGUUGUUUCUGCUGCUUUCAAAUGGCUGAUAAUAAAAACGUUGGCAUCCUUUUCAAACUGAGAGUAACAGGAUGGACCUGGACCACAGUAUGUCCGGUUCUGAGAUUCCUUAGUAUUCACCCAUCUUACACAUUCCAUUAUUUUUCACUAAUACCAAAAUUAAGAAUCUACCAUUUGUCAAAAAUUUCAUAAAACAAGACUCCAGUCUUAGAACUCUCCAGCGCUUCCAACAUAUUCAUUUUGGACCUUUAUUCAACUUUCCAUGGCAUAAAAGACUGUCUCCAUGUGAAAACUUUUCACGUUUUCCUGUCAGUACUGCCGAGAGCAAACUCAGAAGGAAAGGAAAUGGGACAGAACUGGAACUGCUGGAGAAGGGGGUUGGGAGGAAUCCAUUUAGCCUUCCCCAGAGUCAGGAAGACAAACGGAGUUGGAAGACUAUACAAAGUAUGGUUGACUGUCUUAUCUGUGGUAGUUUUAUAGUCCGUUAAAUCAGCAAAGAUAGUGAAGUAGCAGAGGCAGCCAUCUGCCCCUGGAAGAAAUACAGGAUUGAGGUUCUUGUGAGCCCUGGUUACAUAUUUUGUCAACCAACUAAUACAUAAGCUUGUUCUAUGUGUUACGGUGUGUUAAAGACGCCUUCUUUAACAUCUAUCACUGCUUCAUUAACCCUGGCCAAGGGCACUGUAACUCCAGCCUGAGAGAACCUAGUCGCCACACUUAUUUUCUCUAAAGACGCAUCACAGGUUUCCUGCCCUUAGGAACCCCUAGCCAGGACUUCAGCCCUCCACCUUGGGGGCCGCUGUAAAGAGAGAGAAAUCACCAACAGGAAGUACAAAAGCACAAAAAGGCGGCACUAGGCAGACCCCCCCUCCCCCGCCGCCACCCCCCAAAAAAGAGUAAUCUGAUCAUAGCACGAAAGCUGGAACUAGAAGGCAGGGUGUCGCUGUGUCUGACCUCAGUGGGGCACACACAUGUUGGGAGACUGUCUUUGCCACUCAGCUCAAGACCAGGAGUGACUCUGAAAACACUGCGAGUAUUGAUUUGGAGGUUAUAAAUAAAUUUUAGCACAUAGGCAAAUUUGCAAAAUUCGCGAAUACAGCAUCUGUGGAUAAUGAUGUCAACUUCAACUCAUUUUGAGGUUAACAAAGAUGGCAACAAAAGCUCUCCACCUAGUGGUGACUUUGAAAACCACAAAGCUACUUAGGCUAAAUUGGCAGAAAUUUCACAAAAUAAAAAAGUAUACUCAUUAGUGGUUCUGGUUUUAGGUAGUCAGGAUGAAGUCACAGCUCUGAACCUAUGUCAGUACACAAAUUUUCACUUUGUAUGUGCACAAUAAUACCGAUUUCUAUGUGAAAUUCCAUAGGGUCAGAAGGGAGAAAUUUAAGAUUCUUCCUUUCAUAUUCUCCUCUCUGCAAUCUUUACUGUUGACUACGAUGAUGGCCACUUUGGGGCCACAUUAAAAUAGUGGUCUAGACAUUGCUUCUCCAUGCUGUCUUAGCCCAUCUAGAAAUACACCAGGGCCUCACAAAAAUACAAAAAGCGUUCAGGGGAGUUCCCAUUGUGGCUCAGCGGAAACGAACCUGACUGGUAUCCAUGAGGACACACGUUCGAUCCCUCACCUCGCUCAGUGGGUGAAGGAUCUGGCGUUGCAUGAGCUGUGGUGUAGCGUAGCAGACAUAGCUCAGAUCGCACGCUGCCGUAGCUGUGAUGUUAAGCCAGCAGCUGCUGCUCUGAUUUGACCUCUAGCCUGGAAAGUCCAUAAGCUGUAGGUGUGGCCCUGAAAACAAAACUUAACAAAAAAGCGUUCAGCUAUUCAUUUGUGGUUAGAGCUAAAGCAGUAUUAAGAAAACGUACCACUUUGGAGUUCCUGUUGUGGCACAGCAGAAACGAAUGUGACUAGGAUCCAUGAGGUUGCAGGUUCAAUCCCUGGCCUCGCUCAGUGGGUUAAGGAGCCGGCAUUCCGUGAGCUGUGGUGUAAGUCGCAGAUGUGGCCUGGAUUUGGCGUGGCUGUGGCUGUGGCAUAGGCCAGCAACUAUAGCUCCAAUUUGACCCCUAGCCUGGGAACUUCCACACGCCAUGAGUGCGGCCCUAAAAAAAAGCAAAAAGAAAAAGACAAAGAUUAAAAAAAAAAAAAGAAAAAAAGGAUUUUGUGUGAGCCAGUAUUUUAGAGGGAAAAUUAAACUACGUGCAAAAUGUUCCGAGACCAGGAUUACUGUAUGUGGACAAAGCGCCUGUGUUACAACACAGAACAUCUUCAACGAUGUUCCAGACAAGACAACAUUAUCUCCACCUUCACUGAAGGACAUAAAAAAAUUACUUCAAAUACGUUAAUGAGUUCAAUUUAAUCACCCCAUGCCUCAGAAAUCUGAGGAUUGGAAAUGACUUAAUAUAUACACAUGAUAUAGAAGCGUACCUAAGUAUAUGAAUGUAUCUAUUACAUUUAAGUCAAAGAGUAUGCUGACCUAGAAGUGAUAUUUCCCCAUUAAGGCUGGGAAAGUUCCGAGGCCAGAGAACCAGUCUGGUUUCAAUAAAAAGGAAAUCUUUGGCUUUUGAUUUAAUCUUUUCUUUCCAUUGCUCGGCAAACACAUUUGCUACAUCUCAAUUGCCCUUUAAGGCUUUUUAGGUUCAUUCUUUGACAAACUGAAUUGGAAAACACUGAAAACAAACAUACUACUCUUUCAAAACACUGACCCCUAAUUCACUGUGAAUUUUCAUUCUUGCCCACCAGAUUAGGAGUUUCUGGGGGAGAGAGGAAGGAGAAGAAAGGAGAAAGGAAAGAAAAACUGAUUCGUUAAAGAAUUAAAUUAUUUAAUCUUUUUUAUUACUUGGCCUACCAUUAAGACAAUCUAUAACAAAAAGAAUAGAGUAUAUUAGCACACACAGUAUAAUCAGACUAGUAACCAGGAAACAAUACAAAAUGGUCCUUUGGCCAUCUAUACUUUCUAAAGCAGAUCUCAGAAAUUCAUUUACCAAGCCCAGAAAUAAUGACUUCUAAAGCCUUGACUAUCAACUGAGACAAAUGGUGCCAAUCCUGAUUUCUCACAUAUACUCAGAUUGCACAAAGAUAAAGCUUUAAAUGCGAUCACUUUUAAAUUUAGUCUUAAAUUUUCUUAGAUUAAAAACUACAAAAGGGAGUAAACAGCAAGCCAAAUGAUUUAAGGGCAAAAAUCAUUUAGAAAGCAUUACAUGUAUCUAAAUAUACAGGAACAUGAUUAUAUACAUAUAUGAAACUGUGCAAAUUUAUGGCAUUCUAAGUAAUUCAGUUAAGUACAGUUUUGGCAUUUAAACAAAGAUCAAAUCAAGCUUUAAGCUAAUAGGGACAUAAUUUUUAUUUUUAAUCUUUUAAAUAUAAAAAGGCAGCUAAACACAAAAUACAGAUCAGAAAAAUCCUCAUUUAAUAUAGAUUACUUUGAAAAAUAAAAAUUUUAUAAUAAGGUGGCUUUCUAUCCCACAUCAAAAUGGAAAUUAAACCUCUUUCUCUGAUUUAUACUUCAAACUUUGUAACAACCUAAAAACUGUUCCAAUCUAUGGAAAAAAAAAAA